AUGAUGGACUCUGCUUCCCUUUCCCUGGCCAUCCAGCUGAUGCUGGAAGACUUGGACGCCCUAAAGUCCGGAAUAAAGGGCAAGGGCCGGGAAAACGACGGGCCCCCUGAUAUUGCCAUCGCCACGGAGUUCUUCCGAAAGGAACUCGCAACACAAGCAGUUCUUGCGUCCGAUCGAACCAUGUGCGAAAGUAUUGCUGAGGCCGUGACCAAAGAUGCUGACACAAUCAGGUGCCUCGACCCAGAGCAGGCACAGCGGGAUACUCAGCUCGACGACGAGCUCGUCGACAAGCUGAAGCUCCUCUACGUUACCGACCGGGAAGAGCCAGUGGAAGAUAACCAAGACCAGGACCAUGAGCUGAGGCGGAGUCUUCCUUGUGGGGCGCUCGCCGCGUUGUUAAGCGGCGCCCAAGUAGGAAUUGCACCGGUUGCGGCGACGAGUUUGACUUUAUCAAUGUGGCGCGCUGUUCCUGUUCCCACGAAUACUGCCGAGGGUGUCUGA